GUUAUCAAAGCAGAUCACAUACUCCGCUGAUACAACAACUUAGUAUGACAAGAUAUCAGAGAUUUUAUGUUUCCGAGUUGUGGGAUGUUAUUCAUAAAAAAUGGGAGAUUUCCAGAUUUCUGACUAAAACUCAAGAAAGCUUUGAGCAAUUUUCAUCAUGAAACUGUGAUAUGGUCCACAAAUAUUGACUAAGUUCAUUGAUAAAGUCCAACGUGUCAUAUAUAUCGUUUGUGAACUUUGGCGUGGUGGAAUGUGUGAAAAAAUGAACGUAGAAGAACAUUUAGAGAGUGGAAAUAAAGAAUUGAUUUUAUAUCAGACACAUAGAGAGCAAGGUUACCAAUGGUGUCGGGAAUUUCUUGGUGGAUCGUGGUCAACUAUCAAAAAAGAAGAUUUCAUAUUCACCAAAUUAGGAGGUGGAUUAACAAACCUUUUGUAUACCUGUGAAUUAUCAGACAAUAUACAGACUAAAAACAAUGAACCAAGAACUGUUUUGUUGCGAGUGUAUGGUGAUAUUGCCAAAGACUUAAAAUUCCUUGUUCAGAACUCGGUGGUGUUUUGUUUACUGUCCGAGAAACACUUGGGACCAAAAUGUUAUGGACUGUAUCCAAAUGGAAGAAUAGAAGAAUUUAUUCCAACAAGGAGUUUAACAAGGAAAGAUUUACACAAACCAGAGAUAUCCAGCAAGAUAGCAAGAAAAUUGGCUGUCAUUCAUAAACUGAAUAUGCCUUUAUGUAAAGAACCAAGAUUUCUUGGAGAACUCACUAGACAUUGGUUAGCCGAAGCUAAGAACAAUACCAGACCAGAUGAUACUGAUCCAAACAUUCAAAAGAUAACAUCCUAUGAUUUAGAGGCAGAGUUAUCUUGGUUAUUGAAGAAGAUAGAAGAUUUGAAGUCACCAGUUGUAUUUUCACACAAUGAUUUACAAGAAGGAAACCUUUUAUAUAUGAAAGAUUGUAAAGACCCAGAAAAACAGCUGACUGUUAUAGAUCUAGAGUAUUGCAGUUAUAACUAUAGAGGGUUUGAUUUUGGUAAUCACUUUUGUGAGUGGUGCUUAGACUAUCAAAGUGAACAAGAAAUGCCUUAUUAUUCAUACCAUGAAGAAUCUUACCCAUCUAAACAAGAACAAUUCCAUUUCUUCAGGGCAUACUUAGAUGCUAAGAAUGAGGCCUGUACAGAUGAAAUACUAGAGACAUUAUACAGAGAGGCUAAUACAUGUGCCUUAGCUUCACAUCUAAUGUGGUUAGUCUGGUCAAUCGUCCAGAGAGACAAGUCGGAUAUUCAGUUUGGAUAUUUGGAAUAUGCUGUUUGUCGAUUAGAGGCAUACUUCAGAUUGAAAAAGGAAUUGUUUCCAGAUGAGAAAGAUUAAGUAUAAUGUUCUACACAGUUGUGAUAAUCCACAUUGAAUUCCUUUCUAUAUCAGUCCCAACAGAGCGGAUAGUGAUGGAGGGGAGAUAACCUGUGAAAAAAACAGACUUAAUUUUGAUUUGCUCAAGGUGCUAUAGUUGUUUUUAUGCCUUUUCUCUUAUUUACUGUGAUGAUGCUGAAAUUCAGAUUAUAAUUCUGUUAUGAUUUGUAUAAUUAGGAAUCCAUUACAGGAAUUGGUUACAGGUUAUUGUAUAAGUGAAAUUUCUAAAUUAUGUGUUCAGUUGUACAUCUUUUUUUAAUUCAGUCUUUCAAAUUUUAUUUGUUUGUUAAGUUAAGAUGCUAACUAAGUUAAGUUGUUUUUAAAUUAGUUUCUAAUUUUGUAUUCACUUUAUUUUGAAACUAAAAAAUGUCUGAAUAUCUUUAACUGCAGGUUCUCAAUUUUAAGAUAUAUUUAUUUGUAUGUUUUAUUUUCUAUCAGUAAGGUAGACUUAUGCAUCUCAAAGGCAGCCAUACUGGAUAUGUUGCUUAAAGUAUGUCCGUAUUAUAUGUACAAUAAAAAUAUGUCCCCGCUUUUCUUGUUUCCAGACUGAUCAUCGGGAUAGAUAUAAAAGAUAAAAAUAUGAUGUCCCGGCUUCUCUCGUUUCCAGACUGAUGGAUAGAUAUAAAAGAUAAAAAUAUGCCAAAGAAAUCAAUUUCUAUUUACCAUUUGUUUUAUUCUACUCAACAAAGAAUGAUUUUCCUUUAUAAAAAUUCAAAAAAGAAUUGUAGUUAAUUCCCAUUUGCUAUAAAUCAUGUGUGUUGCCCUAAAAUUUUGGAAUAGAUUUUGAAUGAAUAUACAUUUAACUCUCUGUCAAUUCAAUAUAAGAAAAUUCAAAUUUUUGUUUUUGUAUCAGGUAAUGUCUGUCUGGUUCUGUUGUUAUUUUAUAUGUACAUUGUAUUUUUAAACAGAGUAUUUAUGUGGUAACAGGGUGUAUAUUAAAUUUCAAUUGCUUGCUAUUAAAAGUGUUUAACAAGAGUCCCAGUAAGAUUGGUAGAGAAUGAGUAAACUGAACUUUUGUUUGCAGUCUUAUAAAAAUACAGAUCUGUUUCUGUUAAUUAUAACAUCACCUAAUGAAGUUUCUGUCUACAUACCUUAGAAGGUGUGUAUAAUGAUGACAACCAGAGGAUUUAAAAAGGUCUUUAAAACAUAAAGAAGAACAGAUCAUUUUCAGAUCCUUGUAAGUAAAGCAUGGACACAUGACCUGUAUUUUAAUCAGAUUGUAUUGUUUGAAAAAUAAAAGGAAAUUGUACAUAUGUGUACUAUAACUUUUUUUAAUUUGUUAUACCAAAUCAAAUGUGUAUGUAGCUAUUCAUAAUUAAAUUGCUGAUAUUUUAUUCAUAUCAUAAACUUUCGAUGCAUUUGAUUGCUUUAAUGUCAUUGUGUCAAGUGCUACAAAGUCCCGUAAUUUUCUCAUAUUUUAUUCAUAUGCAUAGUCUUAGAAUAUUGAUACAGGUUUCAAAAGUGACUGCUUUAAUUUCAUUUUGAUUUCAAGUCCCAGAUAUGUGUUAAAGCUUUAACUUGUGAAUUGUGAUAUCUGUUGUGUAGCAUUUGGUCUAUAGAGUUUAUUCUAUUACUGCCAGAAUCAUUUAUAAUAAAUGACCAUAGACAUCACACUCAAAUUACAUUCUCAUUUACUUAUAUUGUAUUAUGGUUUUUUUUUAUGCACAUUUUUUGCAUCAUUCUUUGAGAAAUAAAUAUGUUUAUAAGGUUUAAGGGUAUGUAUACGUGUUCAUUUUAAAAAAUCAAGAAAUAAGUCAGUGACUCUGGGAUGAUGUUUCAGCAUUACAACUCAUGAUUGUAAACCAAAAAGAUAUUUACCAGAUUUUUUUUUAAUUAUGAAUUUAUAAGCAGGGUAUCGAUUGUACUUGAACAGGAUUGGAUUCCUAAGUAUUAUUUUAAGCUUGCAUAGUGAUAUUGUGUGUAUAUAUAUAUCUUUAUGUUAAUCAUGUGUUACAGUUUUGUUGUAAUUAUUUUUAUAUAGUAUGUAUUUUCAUGUUUUUUAUGUUAUGUUUACAAUUUUUUAGCUUUAAACACAUUGAAAUGCCCAAUACAAUAGUUUACUGAAUAGAAACUGAAUGGUGGGGAGGGGGGUCUAUGUAUCAAUUUAUCUAGAAUUUAAAACUUUUUUUAAUACCAUAGAUGUUUUGAAGAUAUGGUAAAUGUAUUUAUUAAUUUUUAUAUGAAGUAUGCUCAUAUACUGGCAUACUGCUGUCAUCAUUGUCAAGGAAAAUUACUUUUAAACUAAUAUCUUUUACCAUAUAACAUCAUUAUUUUAACCUGAUCCGAUUUUUUUUUUGGGAGGGGGGGUGUUUAUGUUUGAAAGAAAGUUGAUAUAUAUCUAAUUUUGAUUCUCCUUCCUUUUUAAAAAAAAGUGCCUCAAUGGAGAGAAAAAUAUUUUUUUCAUAUGUAGAAUACAUACAUCCCUGUAAUAUACAAUAAAAAUGAAGUUACAGAUUUUGUGCUUCUUAAGCUAUUGAUAGGGACCAACUCUCAUAUUUUAUAUAAGUUUUUAUUUUUGUAAAUGCAUUUGUUAUAAACAAAGGAAGUGUAAAAGUGAUUUUUUGUAUCUGGCCUUUUGCUGUGGUUGAAUUAUGUGGCAACAAGCAUACCAGCAUGACUGUGUAAAAUAAAAUAGAUAAGUUUGUAUUUGAAUAGAUGAACUCUGAUAGCUCUGUCUAUAUUUUGUCUUUCAUAAUGAAUAUAAUUACAUUACAUUUUAGGUCAUGUCAAACAGGUGGGAUAGGAGGGGUCUUAUAUUCUGAACCCCAGAGAAAUUAAAUGGAUUUCUGAAUUCCUGACUUCCUAAUGUGUCUGUUCCCUACAAAUAAAUUGGCUAUUCCUAAGUUCCAGUGAAUUAAACUGCUCAAUCUUUAAUU